CGCCUUAAUCCGCCACAAGAAUGGCAUUCUCUCCGGACAAAACCCACAAUCACUUCCUUCCCUUCCUCACUCUCGUUUCUCUCUUCUUUAUCUCCCAUGCAAAGCUAACUCCUGAUCGUUCAGACUUGAAAGCUCUCUCCACAAUUGUCAAAAACUUGGGCAUCAGCAAUCAACAGUUCCCUGCUAGCGAUCCUUGUAGCGCUGCUGGUGUUUUCUGUGAAAGAAGGCUCACCCAGAACAAUACCUAUGUCCUUAAAGUCACCAGGCUUGUGUUCAAGUCCAAAGGGCUUGAUGGGUUUCUGUCUCCUGCAAUUGGGAAGCUUUCCGAGCUCAAAGAGCUCUCUGUUUCUCACAACAAUAUUGUUGACCAAGUCCCUUCCCAAAUUGUUGACUGUAAAAAACUCGAAGUUCUUGACCUCCAAAACAACCUGUUUUCCGGUGAGGUACCAUCGAAUCUGUCUUCCUUGAUUCGUCUUCGAGUUCUCGAUCUCUCUUCCAAUAAGUUUUCGGGGGACUUGAGUUUCUUGAAGUAUUUUCCCAACUUGGAAAGUCUUUCUCUUGCAAAUAAUCUAUUUUCCGGGAAAAUCCCAUCAUCUAUACGUUCAUUUCGAAACCUUCGAUUCUUCGACUUCUCAGGAAACAGUUUACUUGAAGGUUCAGCUCCAUUAAUGAGCACAGUUGAUGAAUCAGCAGUAUCUCAGUACCCCAAACGGUACAUUUUUGCAGAGAAGAACUCACGAAAUAUCAAAACUACUGCUCCAGCUCCAUCACCAUCACCAACAGGAAGCAAAUCUGCAGCUGCUGAAGGUCCCAAUUCAUCAACACCAACUGGACACAAACACAAAAAUAAGAAAAGGAAGCUAAUGGGAUGGCUUUUAGGAUUCGUUGCUGGAGCUGUAGCUGGGAGCAUAUCUGGAUUUAUCUUCUCCGUGAUGUUUAAGCUGGUUUUGGCAGCCAUAAGAGGUGGAGGAAAAGAUUCAGGUCCGUCCAUAUUCAGUCCAUUGAUUAAGAAAGCUGAGGACUUGGCAUUUUUAGAGAAAGAAGAUGGCUUGUCUGACUUGGAGAUCAUAGGAAAAGGAGGGUGUGGAGAAGUUUAUAAGGCUGAGUUACCAGGAAGUGAUGGAAAGAUGAUUGCUAUAAAGAAGAUUAUUCAGCCUCCAAAAGACGCAGCUGAAUUGACUGAUGAAGAUAGUAAGCUUCUGAACAAGAAAAUGCGUCAAAUUAAAUCAGAGAUUACCACAGUGGGUCAAAUUCGACAUCGGAAUCUUCUUCCGUUGUUGGCUCAUGUUUCUCGACCCGACUGCCAUUACCUUGUGUACGAGUUCAUGAAGAAUGGAAGCUUGCAAGAUAUCUUACUGCAAGUUUCAGAAGGGACAAGGGAGCUUGAUUGGCCUGUUCGGCAGAGGAUUGCAAAAGGACUGGCAGCUGGACUUGAAUAUCUUCACAUGUACCACAGUCCACGUAUUAUUCACAGAGAUCUCAAACCAGGAAAUAUCCUUCUUGAUGAUGACAUGGAAGCUAGAAUUGCAGAUUUUGGGCUAGCAAAGGCAAUGCCUGACGCUAACACGCAUGUAACCACUUCGAAUUUGGCAGGAACAGUGGGAUAUAUAGCACCAGAGUAUCAUCAGACACUCAAGUUCACCGACAAAUGUGAUAUAUAUAGCUUUGGGGUUAUACUCGGGGUUUUGGUAAUGGGAAAGCUUCCGUCUGAUGAGUUCUUUCAACACACCGAUGAGAUGAGCUUGAUCAAGUGGAUGAGAAAUAUCAUGACCUCAGGCAAUCCCACUCAAGCAAUUGAUCCUAAACUACUGGGAAAAGGGUACGAAGAACAAAUGAUCUUGGUUCUGAAGAUUGCUUACUUUUGCACUUUGGAUGAUCCAAAGGAGAGACCAAGCAGUAAGGAUGUUAGGUGCAUGUUGUCUCAAAUCAAGAACUAAUAAUGAUGCAAGUGAUGAAGAAUGUUACCCCAAGUAGUAGUUUAUGCUUAAUGCUUUUCUUUUUAAUUUUUACUUUUUACUUUUUCUUUCUUUUGCCGCAUAUGAUCCUGAUGUGUUACAGGUUGCUGUCAUAAUUGUAAGAAAUAUAUCUGAUAUGACUUUGGUUUUACCCAGCUGAAUUAGAAUUUUGAGCAGAACAUAACCUGCAUUUUCGUUGGUCAAAUUGCACACUAAGUACAAAGAACAUAACUUGGUCAAUGUGGUAAAUACAAAACUUGGUACAGAUGAAUAAGAAACCUAUAAUACACAGUCAUUCUGGGGCAACCGAUUUUUUUGCACUUGGUCAAUUAGCCAAGCAAAAGGAAACAAAGAUGUAAUAAGUCUGUAUGUUUCUUUUAGGAUCAAGACAUGUCCUAUCUAGAUGACAGUUUUAUCUUUACCAACUAAAAGUAAUUCAGUUCACAUGAAGAGGAACGACUGGAAUAGAAUAGGAUUGCCGGAGAACAUCAUGUUUAAAUAGGAAGGCAAGAACGUUAACAUAUCUUUUUCAUUUGCAAUUUAAUUUCCUGUAAAAACAUCACAAUAAAUUGUUUCAGAUAUCACUGGAUAACACAACCAAUAAUACUUUUAUGUCAAUGCGUUUAUACUUUACAUUUCCCAUAUACAAAUUUCCUAUUACCUGGAAGGUAACACGUGAAGAGUAGUAGUGUAUACCAGCCAGCCAUCAUAAAAAACCUCAUCAAA